AAGACUCCAAUUCCCGUGUGUCUGUGCGCGCGGAGCAUGGCUGCAAAUUGUGUAGCAGCGCAUUCAAAUUAGAAAACUGGAGAGAGCUAUCUUUUACCAUGGGGCUGAAAGGCGCCCAAAAGGCCCUGUUCCCCUUGAGCUCGGUGCCGGACGUGGUGCGCCUUUUUGAGCUGGAGCUCCGCCGGGAGCAGCCAGAUCUGGUGCUUCUCUCCUUGGUCCUGGGCUUUGUAGAGCACUUCCUGGCCGUCAACCGCGUCUUGCCCACCAACGUACCGGGCAUCAGUUUUGAGCCGGCCCAGGGCCCCGACAGCUUGACGUACUUCCCGGUGGCCGACCUAAGUAUCGUUGGCGCUCUGCACGCCCGUUUCACGGCCCAGAUCCGAGGGGCUGUUGAUCUCUCGCUCUAUCCCCGUCCUGAUGGUUACUCCUCCCGGGAGCUGGUCAAGAAAGUCUCGGACGUCAUCUGGAACAGCCUGAGCCGCUCCUAUUUCAAGGACCGGGCGCACAUCCAGUCUCUGUUCAGCUUCAUUACAGGCACCAAACUAGACAGCUCAGGAGUGGCAUUUGCUGUUGUGGGGGCCUGCCAGGUACUGGGGCUGCUGGAUGUGCACCUGGCGCUCUCUGAGGACCACGCUUGGGUAGUGUUUGGCAAGGAUGGUGAGCAGACGGCGGAAGUGACGUGGCAUGGCAAAGGCAAUGAGGACCGGCGUGGGCAGACGGUCAACACUGGUGUGGCAGAGCGGAGCUGGCUGUACCUGAAGGGCUCCUACCUGUGCUGCACUCGCCAGAUGGAGGUGGCUUUCAUGGUGUGCGCCAUCAACCCCUCCAUUGAUCUGCACACCGACAGCCUAGAGCUGCUGCAGCUACAGCAGAGGUUGCUGUGGGUUCUCUUUGAUCUGGGCCAUCUGGAGAGGUAUCCGAUGGCUCUGGGGAAUCUGGCUGACCUGGAGGAGCUGGAACCCACUUCUGGCCGACCCGACCCCCUCUUUCUCUACCAUAAGGGGAUCAAUUCUGCCAAGCAGUACUACAACAAUGAACACAUCUAUCCGUACAUGUACCUUGCAGGCUACCACUGUCGGAACAAAAACGUCAAGGAGGCACUGGAGGCUUGGGCUGACUCAGCCACUGUGAUCCAAGAUUAUAACUACUGUCGGGAGGAUGAGGAAAUCUACAAAGAAUUCUUCGAUGUGGCCAACGAUGUCGUUCCUAACUUGCUAAAAGAGGUGGCCAGCCUCGCUGACUUGGUGGAGGAGAAGGGGAGUGGAGAGAGAGGAGAGCCUUCUCCAUCCCAGGCUGGCGGUUCAGCUCUGCAGGACCCCGAGUGUUUCGCUCACCUCCUGCGUUUCUACGACGGAAUCUGCAAAUGGGAAGAGGGCAGCCCCACGCCCGUCCUCCACGUGGGCUGGGCCACGUUCUUGGUGCAAUCCCUGAGUCGUUUUGAAGGGACGGUGCGGCAAAAGGUGACUCUGGUGAGCCGAGAGGUGGACGCCAAUGAUGACGAUGACCAGGGCAGCGAGGACCUGCGGGAGGGGCGACGCCGCGGGCCCCGCCGCGAGUCCAAACCCGAGGAGCCACCCCUGCCCAAGAAGGUGACAGAGCGCCGACGCCCAAGCUCAGGCCAACGUGCGGACAGGCCUGCUCUGGAGAAGGAGGAAGGGCCCAGUAGCGGCCCGAGCCCCCCUCCCGAAGGGCCCAUUCUCACAUUCCAGAGCGAGAAGAUGAAGGGCAUGAAAGAGCUGCUGGUGGCUGCCAAGAUCAAUUCCAGCGCUAUCAAGCUGCAGCUCACGGCUCAGUCCCAGGUGCAGCUGAAGAAGCAGAAAGCCUCAGCCCCCCGUGACUACAACCUCUCCUUCCUCAAGCGGCCCCGGAAGUCCCUCUGAACCAACCAGGGGGCUGCCCUC